ACUUGAAUUCGCAAAGGCUUUCGGAGGAGCCUGAACUCCACCUCCCAGCAUGCAUUUAAGGAGCAUGUGACUUCUCCUGCACAAAGAUCUGAAGUCUGUCUUCUGAAGGAAUCUGGAGGGCCGUGUGGACUCGCUGUUCUAAAAUUUUUGACUCUACUCUUUCUGCUAGAGCGGUCUGGAUUUAUCCGGGUCUUUCACCACCAUGGGCCGACUGGAAGGCAAAGUUAUUGUCCUGACGGCCGCCGCUCAAGGGAUUGGACGGGCCUCGGCUUUAGCUUUUGCAAGAGAAGGAGCCAAAGUCAUAGCCACAGAUAUCAACGAAUCCAAACUCCAGGAGCUGGAAAAUUACCCAGGUAUCCAAACUCGGGUCCUUGACGUCACGAAGAAAAAGCAAAUUGAUCAGUUUGCCUCCGAAGUCGAGAAAAUCGAUGUGCUCUUCAAUGUCGCUGGUUUUGUCCACCAUGGGACCAUCCUGGAUUGCGAGGAAAAAGACUGGGACUUCUCAAUGAACCUCAACGUCCGCAGCAUGUACCUGAUGAUCAAGGCAUUCCUUCCCAAAAUGCUUGCUCAGAAAUCUGGCAAUAUUAUCAACAUGUCUUCUGUGGCCUCGAGCAUCAAAGGAGUGGAAAACAGAUGUGUCUACAGCGCAACCAAGGCAGCUGUGAUCGGUCUCACAAAGUCUGUGGCUGCCGACUUCAUCCAGCAGGGCAUCAGAUGCAACUGUGUGUGCCCAGGAACGGUUGACACUCCAUCUUUGCAAGAAAGAAUACAAGCCAGAGACGACCCCAAAGAGGCACUGCAAACUUUCCUAAACAGACAGAAGACAGGAAGGUUUGCGUCUGCAGAAGAAGUGGCCCUGCUCUGUGUGUACUUGGCCUCGGAUGAAUCUGCCUAUGUAACGGGCAACCCUGUCAUCAUUGAUGGAGGCUGGAGCCUGUGACUGCUGGGAACUCCUGCAAGAAGACCGGCUCUUCCUGCUCAAAGGGAAAAGAAGCUGACUCAGUGAUCACCUCUCCUAUGAAUGACAGUCGUGAAAACGGCCCCUUUUAAUGGUUGCUCCCAAGAGUGGAGUCUUUCAGUCGACUCUGUCUCUUCUGAAACGAUGGAAAACAAAUCAAAUAAAAUGUAUAACUCAAAA